UGCGCGCCGCGGCGGGGCGGGGGGCGCGGGGACAGGGCUGAGGCCGGGCGGGGAGGCUCCGUCCUGAUCCCGCUGCUCCCGGACCGCAGCCCGCGUCCCGAGCCUCCGCGGUAAUGAAGCGGCUGUACGCGGCUGCGGCUGCCCGGGCUGCGCGCAGGGGUCUCCUCAUCCCGGGAGGUAGCGGCGGGUCCGCGAUGGCGCCCGGGGGUCACGUCGCCGUGCCCUCGGCGCCCUCUGCCCCUUCCGAGGUGUAACGGGGGUCAGAGGCGUUUCCCCGGCGAGGAGGUGGCGAGGAGCGCCCGGUAACCGCACACGGUGGGCUGUGCGUGCGGGGCUGGGCAGGGCCCGUCGGCAGUGCCGGAGUAAUAACAUUACAACAUUGGUCUAGAUGCAGUAAAUUGGAAGAAAUGGAAGAAAGGAAGAUCAAGAGGAGGAGCCCCAAAUCAUCUUCCAGUCACUCUGCUCAGGUUGCUAACUCCAAGAAAAGCUCAGUGCCAGUCAGUAAAAGUACAGCCUUUUCCAACCCUGCCCCACAGCCUGCCGUACAAAAACCAAAGUUAAAACGCGUAAUCAAAGAGAAAGCCAAACCUCCAGGAGGUGAAGCAAAAGGGGCACAGGCAGCACCAAUCCAGCAUUCUUUUCUCACAGAUGUAUCAGAUGUCCAGGAAAUGGAAAGGGGACUUCUGAGUCUCUUGAAUGACUUCCACUCUGGCAAACUUCAGGCAUUUGGAAAUGAAUGUUCCAUAGAGCAGAUGGAGCACGUGCGGAGUAUGCAGGAGAAACUUGCUCGCCUCAAUCUGGAGCUCUAUGGGGAGAUGGAAGAACUCCCUGAAGAUAAAAGAAAACUAGCCAGUGAUUCCAACCUGGAUAGACUGCUGUCAGAUGUAAGUACUGGGAAGGCAGAAAUCACGGAACUUAGCCCACAGCAAAGCUUGGUUCAGGAAAACCCCGCUCCUGUGCGUGCAGUGAUUUGCAGUUGAGGAGAACGUAGCUCUUCAAUGAACCAAGAUGCAGCCUGCCCUCCUUUUGGUUCUGAGAAAACACAGGAGCUGUUUUCAUUUGUCACAGCUGCUGGUUGCUUUGGGGCAGGGAGCAGGCUGGCUGCAAGCUGCCCGAGCAUGUCAGCCUGCUUAGGGACAGCCCAUGUACUAGGGAACUACAACCAGUUUCCCUGCAGUCCAUCCUCCUGCCUCUGGGGAAGGUGACACAUAACAAGGAAUAUAGAUCUGUAUAUUCUGCAGUUUAUCUAGUGUAUUUCCAUAAAAAACAGAACUGUUAAAAUGUCUUUAAAUUUCUUGAGAUCAGUAGAUUUAAACUUAAUUUGGAACUUAGCUCAUUGUAUAGAAUUUAGUGUAGGUUUGAUUUGAUUUUUGUAAGAAAUCAUACAUUUCAGCCCAAACUCUUAGUUAUUUCCUUCAUUGUUUUAAUGUAUUUAUUUCAGCAUAGCAGCAUAAUUGUUGCAUAUCUUUGGCUAACAGAAGUGCUA